AUGGACAGUCAAUUCCCGUCCGAUUCGGACUCCCGACCGUUGGUCAACGGAACUUCCAGUAAUUGGGUCGUCCAGAAGUUUGGCGGCACCAGUGUUGGAAAAUUCGCUUUUAACAUUGUCGACCAGGUGGUCAUACCGAGUCUUGUGCAACACAGCGUGGCUGUAGUCUGCUCUGCGAGAAGUAGUUCGACAAAGGCUGAGGGUACCACCAACCGAUUGCUGAGAGCCGCGCGGGACGCUGAAAAUUCUCAAUCGCAACAAUAUGUCUCCUUCGUCGAAGCUGUCCGGUCAGAACAUGUCCAAGUGGCCCAAGAUCAACUGCAGUCCAGCGAAAUCAAAUCCCAAGUCAUUACGGAAAUCAAUGGCGAAUGCGAACGAGUCCUCAAGGUGUUGGAGGCUGCUCAGACCCUCGGGGAAAUCAGCGCCCGUUGUGUGGACAAGGUGAUUAGUACUGGGGAGAAGCUGAGUUGUCGGCUGAUGGCCGCUUUCCUCCAAGACCGCGGUGUGGACGCGGAAUACGUGGAUCUGGCGGAGAUCAUUGACUUCCCCAUCUCCAACCAUGGCCUCGACCAAGUGUUUUACAAUAAACUUGCCGCUGCCCUUGGACGGAGAAUCCAGGAAUGCGAGGGAAAGGUUCCAGUGAUCACUGGAUAUUUCGGAACGGUACCGGGCGGCCUUCUCGAUCAGAUUGGCCGCGGGUACACCGAUCUUUGCGCCGCAUUGGUGGCCGUUGGCAUCCAUGCGAAGGAACUACAGGUGUGGAAGGAAGUUGAUGGCAUCUUUACCGCAGACCCCCGCAAAGUGCCCACUGCACGCCUUCUCUCGGCAAUCACCCCCGCCGAGGCCGCCGAAUUGACCUUCUACGGUUCAGAAGUCAUCCACCCGUUUACUAUGGAGCAGGUCAUCCGCGCCAAGAUCCCGAUUCGCAUCAAAAAUGUCAUGAACCCCAAGGGUGACGGUACCGUCAUCUUCCCGGACUCUUCUUCUGAACUGGAGAAGACCGCUCCGGGCCACGAUCCCAAGUUAUUCCGCACGCGGAGCCACAGCUUCAUGCAGAGACCGAAGCGCCCGACGGCUGUCACGAUCAAACACAAGAUCCUUGUGAUCAACGUCCAUUCGAACAAGCGCUCCCUGUCACACGGCUUCUUUGCCGGCAUCUUUUCCGUCCUUGACCGGUGGAGACUCUCAAUUGAUCUGAUCUCCACUAGCGAGGUCCACGUGUCCAUGGCUCUUCAUUCGGAGAUGCCCUUGCUGAAUGGAGUCGGCCGAGAUGAGUAUCAGAUUAUUGAUGACGACCUGAAAGGGGCGUUGAACGACUUGCAAAAAUACGGCACGGUGGACAUCAUUCCCGAGAUGGCUAUCCUCAGUCUGGUUGGAAAGCAGAUGAAGAAUAUGAUCGGCGUCGCGGGGAGGAUGUUCACUACCCUUGGGGAGAACAACGUCAACAUCGAAAUGAUCUCGCAAGGUGCCAGCGAGAUCAACAUUUCCUGCGUGAUUGAAGAACGAGACGCAGACCGUGCUUUGAACAUAAUCCACACGAGCAUGUUUACCUUCUUAGAUUAA